AGUCGAUGAUGGCAGUCGGUCUGGGCACGAGACAAGCUGCUGAUGAGGAGGCCAGGGCUGAGGUUGAGGUUCUCAACAGCAGGCUGGAGAAGACUCGAGUAUUGAACACCAAAUUAUCCGCAUCUCUGGCCAGGUUAGAAUCGAGUGGGAAAAGUGUACAAGAGGCAAUUGGACCAAUCUACGGGAAUACGCAGAAGCUACAAGUGCUAGGAACAAAUAUCGAUGGAGUUAUUUCAGCCAUACAGAGGAUCCGCCAGCCUUCGGACAUCAAGAGCAAUGAAGAGGAUAUAAUUCGGAAGGGCCCUGAGAAGGUCGGCCUGGCUUCCUUCUUGAGCUCUGUCAAACGUGUGAAUAAAGCGCUCUCCGAAUUAAAGCAGACGAAUCUCCGAUCGAACCAACAAGCGGUGGAAGAUUUGUCCAAGUUGCUGAAAUAUGGAAACGAGCAGUUGGAGCAACACUUUCAGAGGCUCCUUCAGGAAGACUCGAAGCCCAUUGAACCUUUACAUUACAUCACAAAAGAGAAACCGUUUCCUAUGCUUUCACAGGACAAGUCUACUCGAUUAGGUCUAAUCAACUCAUAUAUCGCAUCGGUUGCGAGGCAGUCCGGGUUUUCUCGCGACUCUCCUAUGCUGCAGGUAUAUGCCAAUGUCCGAGGUCCAUAUCUUGUAGCUACACUACAGAAUUUGGCUGCUGCAUCUGUCAAUACUGCAAAAAAGAAAUCCCCAGAUGCUGUGUAUCGACAAGGUACCAAUGGCAUGGGUACGUAUGCCAUGGGAAUGGAGGGAGCUUUCCUAGCCGAAUAUGACAACAUUUGCGGUCUAUUUUCUCGGGAUGAAUGGGGCAAAGUCUUCAAUUUGAGUUGUCAAGGAGCAAUUUCGGAACUUGCGAGAACUCUGAGAGAGCUGAAUUCACAUAUCAAAGCGAAUCUGACAACCGAUUGUUUUCUCGCCUAUGAAAUCAUCGAAAUCAUGUCGAACCUGUCAUCGAAUAUGGAAGGUCGGACAGGCGAGUUGAAGCCCUCGUUCGCUGCAGCACUGAAGCCAGUUCGAGAGACUGGCAAGUCAUCAUUGAGCGAACUGCACGAUGACAUCCGUCGACGUGUUGCAGGGCUUCCUGGAAUUCCGCAAGAUGCCGCUUCGCUGCCGAUCACGCAAGAAACAAUGACUCGUCUACAGACCAUGGUCGAUUUCCUACGGCCGAUCUCAAGCAUCAUGAUCUCUAUAGGUGAUGGGGGUUGGAAACCAAAUGCCUCAUAUAAUCAAUCCUCCGACCAAAUACCGACUCUCAACUCCUUCGAUGUAGGGGCAGACGGAAAGCAAAUCUUCGCAAAUUACAGCAUCGACACCAUCGAUAUCCUGCUCAGUUCCCUAGAACAAAGAGCAAGACCUCUUCUCAAAGGAAAGCCACCACUUGGCGUCUUCAUUGCCAACAAUGCCACAAUCGUAGACCGCAUGAUCCGCACCUCGGAACUCCAACCCCUCCUCCAAUCUCGCAUGGCCGAUAUCGACAAGUGGCGCAAGAACGGCGCCUCCCUCUACGGCUCUGCAUGGCGCGAACCCUCAACCCAUCUUCUCGAUGUGCAGUACACCAAUCGCGGCGGUCAACGACCACCCUCCGGCUCAGCAGCCGCCAUCGACUCAGCCGCGAUUCUCAAAGGCCUCAGCAGCAAGGAUAAAGACGCCAUUAAAGAGAAAUUCCGACUCUUCAAUACCAGCUUCGAUGAUCUGGUUCAGAAGCACAAGAGUAUGAGCAUGGAGCGCGAGGUUCGCGAGAUGCUUGGGCGCCAGGUACAGCAGAUGAUUGAGCCACUGUAUGGGAGAUUCUGGGAUAGGUAUCAUGAGGUUGAUAAGGGAAAGGGAAAGUAUGUCAAGUAUGAUAAGGGGGCUAUGUCAGCCGUCUUUUUGGCACUACAGUAGCCUCCCUCUGUCUUAUUUCCUCUCUUCUUUCCCUUCCUUCCAGAAGGUGGCUGGCUGCACAUAGGCAUGUAUAUGCGUUUGGGGGUGGGGCUUUCUUUUUUCAAUUCAGCGUGCAUCACGGAGGAGAGGACAAAUUUGCAAGAAUUAUUGGGGUUUGGUUGAUACCUAUGAGAUGAUACCAGGGAUUUUGGCGUUCUUUUCUUAUUUAUCUUAUUUUCAGUUCGCAUCUUGUUCACUUCGAAAGGCUUAUUUAUAUUUUGUAUUUAUGUAAGUAUGGAACAUUUGAAUUGCAUUGCAGAGCAAAGC